GUUAUCUUGAAUAAUUGUUAAUUUGGGAGAUUUUUUUAAAUUGCAGGAGGGUAAUCCUUUGUCUUUCAUAGACAAUUGGGCAGCUAUGUAUCAAGAUUCAAAUAGCAAUUGGGUUAGUGAUGCUGCACGUGAUAAAUAUGAUCGACUGAAAAAUAAGAGAGAAGAGCAUAAGGAGAAACUAACCCUGGAGGCACCAGAGGGUACUCCACCAGAAUCUGUACAAGUUACUGCGCGUGAUGAGAUUCCAAUCAUGGCUGAAGAGUGUGGAAGGAAGGGAAAAAGAGUUCGUGGUUUAGGCUCGUUUCCUCGCAUGGAGCUUCCAACUGUUACAUCUUCAACAGCUGUGAGUUCUGAGAUGAACCGACGGCUAAUGCACCGUCGCAAGCUUAUUAGCGACGGCAAGACGUUGCCGUCGCAAGCAUUUUGCGACUAA